AUGGUUCACUUUUUGGUUUCGUUGGUGGAGAUGCUGUCAGAUGAGCAAAAUCGAAGUGGGAAACCCGAAUCGAUUCGCUAUCUUGAUUUCCGACACCGUUUCCUGUGGCUUCUUUCAAUCAAAGCCAAUUCCCCGAAAUCGGAGGUCUUCUACAUGUCCCAUUUGGCAUUGUGUAUUAUUGAAAAGUUGAAUAUUUCAACCAGGUCCAUUAGUUAAUUUUGGGCUGCUAUCAGCUGUGCAAAUGGGAGCACAAAUAUGAAUAGCCAAUCGAGGGAUUUAGUUCUCAUGUGGCUAACACCAUUCCUACAAC